AUGGAGUCGGAACUUCCCCCCAAGGAGCAGCUCGCUGCCCAGGCCACAGCGGGCCGCCCGAUCACCCAGCCCGAGGCCUCGGCCAUCGCCCAUGAUGAGUUCGACAUGACCCGCCGCGGGCCCAUCAAGGGCGGCCCCGCCGCCACCGCCCAGAGCCUGCACGACCGCCAGCAGAACUUCUUCGAGGUGGCUGGUGACGUUGCGAGGAAGCCGAGCGGGGAGGUGACGCAGGAGGAUGCGAAGAAGGUUCGGCAUUUUGAGGCUCGCGCUGUCGGACACGCGCCGGGAAAGGACUCCCUUUCUGCCGAGGUGCAGUCUCUUGCGGACCACAAUGAACAAGGCCGGCAUGGUAAGGAGUGA